UUCGUUUGACUGUCCAGCUUGCAAUCACCCUCGUCACUGAAGCUACAGGGUGAGCUAAAACUAACCUGAGGACCGACCACCACCCAGGGCACAGGUGCUGGCCGAGGGCACAAGAUCCCGGGGACCCUGUGUGGAAGACCAAGGCUGCAGCAGGCAAAGCUCUGUUCCUCUCUCAGGCCCCACCCAGGCGAUCGUCCCUCCUCCCUUUUAACCCCUCUUGCCUCCUCUCCCCGGCCUGCCCCGCGGAGGUCACUCGUGCAGAAGGAAGCCUCGCCACCAGCCUCAGGAUGGGUAACUGCGGCAGGAAGGUCCUCUGGGCUCUGAGUUUCCUGCUGCUACUGGGCCCCUGCUCCACACAGGGCACUUGGGAGGCACUGCCGCUCGCCAGGCUGGCCGAGAAGUCCCGAGCUGAAGAGGUUGCUGCCACAGGCUCCCGGCAGCCCCACGCAGACCGCUGCCCACCACCCCCACGGACGCUGCCCCCGGGUGCCUGUCAGGCCACACGCUGCCAGGCUGACUCUGAGUGCCCAAGACACAGGCGCUGCUGCUACAACGGCUGUGCCUAUGCCUGCCUGGAGGCCGUGCCGCCUCCACCGGUUCUAGACUGGCUGGUGCAGCCCAAACCGCGAUGGCUUGGUGGCAACGGCUGGCUGCUGGAUGGUCCUGAGGAAGUGUUACAAGCAGAGGCAUGCAGCACCACUGAGGACGGAGCAGAGCCACUCCUGUGUCCCUCAGGCUAUGAGUGCCACAUCCUGCAGCCAGGGGACGUGGCCCAGGGCAUACCCAACCAUGGACGGUGCGUCAAGCAACGCCGACAAGCAGAAGGGCGGGCCCUGCGACAGAAGCUUCACAAGGAAUAUCCAGAAGGUGACUCCAAAAACGUGGCGGAGCCUGGGAAGGGACAACAGAGGCAUGUUCCGUAAAGUGAAGACUGGCUGGUGAGCGGAGCCUUUGCGGGGCCUUUUCCUGUGCUUCUCACACGCUAAGCCUUGGAAACAGCAAAAGAAUUUGACCCUAGACAUCAUGCUCUGUACAGAACGGGACUCCAGAGCUCCUGGGAAAUGGGACUUCAGACUCCCAACCCUAGAGCGGCCCAGCCUGGUGUGCUGACUUGGUGGAAGCUCGUGACCAGCUCUGGGUCCCUGCUCAGCCUCUGUGACACAUGAACCUGCAGCUUCUAGGUGACUUUUGCAGAUUUUGCCUACGGAAGGCGUACAUUCAGCCCCAUUGUUCCUGAAAUAAAUCUGCCCACCGUGUAGCAGAAAUAAGCUACUUUAUCAGCUGGAUUUUUAAAAUUACA